AUGGCGAGCGUGAAUAUCGUUACGCUGAUGCUCACUUCCCUGAAGGCGGUGGGGAGCAUUGCCAUUCAGACCAUGGCUGGGGCAAUCAUGGCCAAGAUGGGCAUCAUUACAAAUGAUGGGAAAAAGGUGUUGGGCGAGUUGUACAUGAACCUGCUGCUCCCGUGCCUCAUGUUCACACAGGUUAUCUAUUGUCACGGGCAUGGCUCAGCCAAUGAUCCGUGCCCAGACAUGGAAAGGGUGAUUCAGCACUCCUUAUUCAUCUUUUUCUGGCCGAUAUUGAUUGUUGGAUCCGGCUACCUUCUAGGUUUAUUGGCCGCAAAAAUGCUCCGAGUGAGUCCAGACUUCGAAAGGGCCGCCGCCGGAUCCGUGGCUUUUGGCAGUGCCACGACCAUGCCGGUGGCGCUCCUCCAGAUGCUCUCUCCGGAGCUCUAUGCAAAUGGCUUUCUGGAAAGCGAUCCCUUGCUCUUCUUGCCUGUGUAUUUGGUGCUGGCACCGGUGUUGCAGUGGACCGCAGGUUCCUACAUCUUCAUAGGAAACAGGACGUCUGGGCCUCAAGUGCCGCUUGAAGACGGCAGCACGAGAAGUGCAAGUGAUGAGCCGGUUGAUGAGAGCACAAAUGGGGAGAGCGAUGAGUCUUCAACUGACGAGGACUCAGAGAAGUCACGGGAGUGGUCGAGAGCUUGGACUUGGCAUGUUCGCGCUCGGAACUCCCGCCGUGCAAGCAAGUUUAUGAGCCGGCGGGCAAAGACCUCUCAUGGGUUGUUCGCAGAUGUGCACCCUGGCUUCUCAGCCCAGGCAGAGGUAGACGAUGUCCUCGAAAAGGAGGAUCUUGCCAUGCCUGGGAGGGGUGCGGGCUGUUUGGCGAAAGCAAAGCAUCUCUGUUUCCUCUUCUCCUCGCCGCCUGUGCUCGCAACGCUCGUCGGCAUUGUGGUUGCCUGCAUUCGGCCAAUUCAGAACCAGUUUCUGGACGUGCAUGAUGGAUCUCUCACAAAUACGCAUGCUUUGCACUGGAUUUACUUGUCUUUGCGGCAUCUGGGUGAUGCUGCGGUUCCCGUGAACCUACUCAUGCUGGGGGCAGGUCUGAGUAAGGGCGCCGACUUCAGCACUUUGCCCAUGACAACUGCCUUAGUCCUCACUGUGACGAAGAUGUUGAUUCAGCCAGCGUUGGUUGCCGGGUUCGUCAGCUUGUGCUCUCAUCUAACAGGUUCGACGCUCAAAGGCAAGUGGCUGGUGGCGAUGGUUGUUUCGCUGACACCGACAGCAACCAACAUCAUGGUUCAAGUAGAACUCGGUGGUCAAAACAAGGCAGCCAUGAGCACGCUCAUCUUCAUCCAAUACUUGCUGUCCCCUCUGCUGAUGACAGUCACCUUGACAGCAUCUGCAACGCUUUUGCAAACCGACGGCUUUCUUGCCUGA